AUGGAAGCAUUAAAAGAAAUCUCACAGUCAUUACAAAAGACCGUUUUGCCUCUACCCACUUAUAUGUCAAAUAUAGCUCAGUAUAUUGACAUAAUAAAACUACAAGCUUAUCAGCUUGAUUCAAAAAUUGUUUUCGUUCUCGAAAUUCCGUUAGUUGAUCCCGAAAUCUUCACCUUGUAUCAACUAUAUUCAAUACCAAUAUUAGAUAAUCAAACUGGUUUUCAUCAUAUACUUUCAACUAUUCAUAAAUACAUAGCGCGAGAUGAUGAUUCAAUUUCAUAUGUCUUACCCAUGGACACCGAAAAAUGCAAUCAAAUCAGUCAAAACCAAAGAAUGUGUACAGACAUUCUUCCGUACCCCAUAGACACCGAUGCUAUAUGCGAAGCCCAGCUUUUGAAACCUCUCAGCAACUUGCCAAAAACUUGCCAGAUGUCCAUGCUCUUGGCACAAGGUUACAACGUUCAAGAAAUUGACCGAAAUUUAUGGUUGCUAACCAUUUCCGAUCCAUUACCAGUAACAAUCAAAUGUGCAAGAAAAGAUGUCACUACACGAAUAAUCAAAACAAAUUCAAUCUUAAGAUUAAUUCCCGAAUGUAUUGCAUUCAUUGGCAGUACCAGAAUUCAUGCCAAAGACCAAAUCGAGAAAUAUACAAAUAUUACGUAUAGAAGUCACCCAGUUAACGUACCCUACAGAUGCUGUGAUCAUUUUGAGACAAAGAGUCACCUAUCAAAAUUGAAACCACUAAAACUCAGUAAGAUCAACGUAGAUGACUUAAAUAUUGCACAACACAAACUAGACCAAUAUUCAGAAGAACUGGACUAUAUCAUGAGCCAAUCAUUCAUCGAGGAACAUUUACCCUUAUUCACCAUAUCUACCUUAUCCCUGAUUAUCAUCCUAGUUAUCUUAUACCUUUGCUGUAAAUAUCGAACCAAAAUAUUCCCAAAAAUUGCAAUCUCCUUGUCCCAGGAUCAGCCUCCAACUUCAGCACCACGCAGGAAUUCCAUUAGACAGAAACUUCAAAGCUUAACCUCCUUCAGAAGAAGACCCAAUGUCCAACAAGAAAGCGAAGAAGAAGCAGAAACACCAAUUUCUCUGUAA